UUAUUUAGAAUAGAGAUGUGGCUAAAGAGAGUUCAUUAUCCAGUUGUGUGGACUUUAGCCAUCCACAGAUGCAAAGGCAAUGCAGAGGCAGACAAAGCAAGAGGGUGCUUCUUCACUUUCUCUCUCCAACAACUUUCACUCCCAAGCUCCAUGGCCGCAAACCUUUUACCCCUUUCAAUUUCAUGCUCCUCUAAAACCCACAUUCUCUGUCUUCCCUCCCCUCCCAAACCCCUCUUUCUCUGCCGCCACUCUCUGCUCCGUUACCGUUCCACUCCGCGACUCACAUGUAAGGCAGCCCAAGUUUCGGUCGCCGAAGAGUCGUCGGCGUCCGGCGACAACUGGGUUCCGGUGGUGCCUCUGUCUGCUCUGCCGAAGGGGGAGCGGCGCGUGAUCAUUCAGGACGGCGAGACCAUACUGCUGCUUUGGUACAAAGACCAAGUUUUCGCUAUUGAGAAUAGGUCCCCUGCUGAAGGCGCCUAUACUGAAGGCUUGCUCAAUGCCAAGCUCACCCAGGAUGGGUGCAUAGUUUGCCCAUCAACUGAUAGCACAUUUGAUCUGCGAACGGGAGAUAUCAAGGAAUGGUAUCCAAAAAAUCCUGUUCUGAGAGUUCUCACGCCCGCUUUGAGGAAACUCUUUAUCUAUCCUGUGAAAACAGAUGAACAGAAUAUUUAUAUCAGCAUAAGAGGAGGUGUGAGAUCUGAUGCUUCUGCUGAAAUUGUCUUUAGUGGGAAGGCUCAACCUGGUUUUACAGCAACUGAUGUCAAUGUUGAUGAGGUUAAAAUGAUCGUUGAUGAGAUCAAGAGGGAUUUGGUUUUACUGGGAAGAACGAAAUAAUAAACGGGAGAGCAGCUGUUAUUGGUUUCCUCCUGUUGUUGGAUUUUGAGCUUUUAACAGGUAAGGGUCUUUUAAAGGGGACAGGCUUCUUGGACUUCUUAUACUCCGUCACUAAUGCUUUCAAUUAGACAUCUUUAUCUGUGACUGUUAUUUCAGCUAUGAAAGUAUUCCUCAGCACGAUUAGUAAUCACAUUUCCAUUUUGUUUCCUGUAUCUAAUAUUGUAUAUCGUGAGUUUAGAUCUUGGCAAAUGUACAACCUUUUGUUUUGUGUUUUCAUGUUACUCUCUAUAUACCAUACACAUUUUUAAAGUUCAUAUUUGACCGUGACAUUCCAAAA